UAGCAGUAAGAAAGAGACCAAAUCUUAAGCUCUUUAUAUAUGUGCCUCACAUUCUCCCACCAUAAAAAAAAAAAAAAGAUGAAAACCCAACAACAAAACAUGCCCUCUUCACCCCUAUUGCCAUUAACCAUCUUGACACUGACCCUUCUCCCCCUUACCCUGGGUGCAAACGCUCAACCCUGCAGCGAAGCAUUCCUCAAAGUUGCAGAACAAAAGAACAUCUCAGACUGCAAGAGAUUGCGCACUCUGGGGGCUGAGUUUGCAUGGAAACUCCACGGCAACGGUUCGGAAAACUCCACCGUUGUUGAUGUCUUGUUCGGUACGGCGCUGAAUACUGCACAGGGGUGGAUAGGGUGGGGUGUGAACCCUGGAAGAAGACCGGAGAUGGUUGGGACCAAAGCCAUCAUAGCCGUUAAACGCUCCGAUGAAAAGUGGCGUGUGAACACGUACAACAUCACGAAAGAGAUCAGAAACGGGUGCAAUCUUCUGCCAUCGGAAAUCGGAAUUGUGUCGAAUAUGUCGGUUGAGCACGACGGGGACAACUUGCACACCAUGAUGUAUGUGAGAUUGAACCUUUCUUCUGAAGCCUAUAACGUUACGAAGCUGAACCAUGUGUGGCAAGUUGGCUAUGAUAUUGAAGGGUGGCAUCCCCUCGGACACCCCAAAACUCUCCGCAACGUCGACAGCACCGAGGUCAUCGACUUGACUCACAACGGCCGUGGCACCGGACAGUACCGGAGUUAUCUCAGAUCGAUACAUGGAGUCCUAAACAUCAUAGGAUGGGGAACACUGUUGCCGAUUGGAAUUAUAAUUGCAAGGUACUUUCGGGUGUUUCCUUUCAAAUGCGAUCCACUGUGGUUUAACCUGCACAUUGGUUUCCAAUUAACUGGUUUUCUGGUUGGCACCACCGGAUGGGCUAUUGGACUGAGCCUCGGCCAUUCUUCGAGAUACUACACCUUCCGCGAUCAUCGAACCUAUGGCAUUCUCAUAUUCACCUUUAGCACAAUCCAGAUGCUGGCUUUUCGGUUGAAGCCAAAGUUGACGGAUGAUUACAGGAAGUAUUGGAACAUGUACCAUCAUUUUCUUGGCUAUGGGUUGUUGGCUAUCAUAUUCAUAAACAUAUUCAAAGGAAUUCGGAUAUUGGAAGGAGGUGACGCAUGGAAGUGGGGGUACGUUGCAGAUCUUGCUUUUCUGGGUGCCGUCGCUUUUGGUUUGGAGGUUUACACGUGGAUUCACUUCUUCAUGUUGAAGCAGCAGCAGAAGCAGAAGAACGAGACCAAAAAUAGUCAGGACCAGCAGCCACCAAAACAGAAUAUGUUUGCCUAGUAUCUUGCCAUUUAUCGAUCUCUAUCUAUGCAUCACCGUUACAUGAUGUUCAAUAUGUUGCCUCAACUAAUAUGUCUAUUAUUUUUUUGUGUGUUUUUUUGAGAUA